AUGGUUCUUCUUAAUAGAAUAUUGUUCACUGUUAAAGAAAUUAAACGUCCUCGUAAAUAUUUGCGUAGCAAGUUUAUAGAUACUGUUAGGCUUCAUGUGAAGGGUGGAACUGGGGGGACUGGAUUACCGAAGUAUGGUGGAUUAGGGGGUCAAGGCGGAUGUGUUUAUUGUGUCGGCAAGGAGGACGCUAAUUUAGGUAAAAUUAUAAGUCAACAUAGAGCAAAAACUGUAGUUGCCGGACAUGGUGAAGACAGCCGAAAAGUCAGAAUAGUCGGUGCUCCCGGUUCAGAUGUAAAAUUAGAAGUUCCAUUAGGAGUUACAAUCUUCAGAGAAGACGGAAAAGUUUUGGGAUCCAUUGACAAAGAUGGAGAAACUGUUAUUGUAGCUCGAGGUGGACCCGGAGGUACCCCUGAUAAUAGCUUUCUAGGCCACUUUGGGCAAGUACACCAUAUACGUUUGGACCUUAAAUUAAUUGCAGAUAUUGGGCUGGUAGGGUUUCCAAAUGCUGGUAAAAGUUCGCUUUUAAAAGUGAUUUCAAGAGCAAAGCCUAGGAUCGCUAAUUAUCCAUUUACAACUAUUAAACCAAACAUGGGUAUCAUUCAAUUUGAAGAUAAGAGACAAAUAUCUAUUGCUGAUCUACCUGGACUUAUUGAAGGAGCACACAUUAAUAUUGGUCUUGGCCACAAGUUCCUAAAACAUGUAGAAAGAACAAAACUCCUUUUGUUUAUUGCUGAUGUUCAAGGCUUUCAGCUAAGCCCUCGUCAUCUUAAAAGAUCAUGCUUAGAAACUAUUCUCUUGCUGAACAAGGAAUUAGAACUUUAUAAUCCAGAAUUGCUAGAUAAGCCUGCAAUUUUAGCUGUUAAUAAAUUAGAUUUAAAUGGAACGGACACUAUUUUCAAUGAAGUGAAAGAAUCAUUUAAAGACAUUGAAAAGUUCCUGAAGAAUUCAAAAAUGCCCGCAGAAAUAAUACCUGAAAGAAUAAUAAGAUUUGAAAACAUUAUAGGUAUAUCUGCAUUGGAGAGAAAGGGGAUUAAUGAUUUAAAAACCUUGCUAAGAAACAGGUUGGAUGAUCAUGCCGAAGAGAUAAAUGCAGAUAUAAUUGAUGCCAGUGAGCUGUUAAGAAGAAACAAGAAUAUUAUAUUAGAGAGAGGCCCACAAAUUACUUAG